UUCUCGCCACUCUCAAAAUCCCUUCCCUUCUUCCUUCUCCCCUCUCCUCCCUCCAUCUCUCCGCCGUCUCCCGUACUCUCUCUCUCCCUCUCCCUCUCCCUCUCCGCCGUCCCCGAGAGAUUUAAUCUGUUCCAUAUCUCUUAAUAUAGAUGCUAGAAACCGUGUCGUUAACGCUUGAGAUUGAUGUCUCCGGUUCUCAGUGAAAUCCUCCGUUCCGGUUUCACCAUAAGCUCGUCUCUCCGCCGGCGCACCCACUUAGUUCAGUCUUUCUCCGUUGUAUUCCUCCACUGGUUCUACGUCUUCUCAUGAACCGUUUCCCCUCACUCCCACUCUAAUAUAUAUAUAUAUAUAUAUUCCCUCAAAAAAAAAAAAAAAAAAUCAAAAUCUCCCUGAAUUUCGCUUCUGGGUCUAUCAACUGUAAAUAUAGAACACCCCCCCCUCUCUCUCUCUCUCUAUAUAUAUAUAUAUAUAUAUAUAUAUAUAAUAGUUAUUUAUAUUAUGGGGUGUUGUAGUGGGAAUUCUUCAGGUUCGAUAUCUCAGAUUGGGGUUCAGAACCAGAGCUCUGGUUCGGAAGAGGAGCUGAGGCAAUUGAUGGACCAAAGAAAAAGAAGGAGAAUGCAAUCGAACCGGGAAUCGGCGCGGCGGUCGAGGAUGCGAAAACAGCAGCACUUGGACGGGCUGAUGGCGCAGGUGGGCCAAUUGAGGGAAAAUAAAAGCCAAAUGAUUUCCAGAAUUAAUCUCACAAACCAUCUUUUUCUCAACGUUGAAGCUGAAAACUCUGUUUUGAGAGCUCAGAUUCUGGAACUUACUCAUAGAUUAGACUCCCUAAACCGGAUCUUAUCUCACAUCAACAACAACGACAACGACAACGACAACGACAAAGAUGAAGAACAACAUAUUUUUCUUCAAAACUUUGAUGAUUAUGAUUAUAAUUAUGAUUUUGAUUUUGAUUUUGAUCGUAACCCAUCAUUCCUCAACUCGUUUCUAAGCCAGCAACCCCCCAUUGUGGCUUCUGCUGAUCAUCACGUGCUUCACUGCUGAACUCAUCAUUGAUUUAGGGAAGGGUUUUAGUUUAAUCCUAAUCUAAUCUCGUUUGCGCUCUGUGUUGGUGGAUGGGAUUAGAUCGGUUAAUCAGGAAUUAAAAUUGUAAUAUAUUUAUAUAUAUAUAUAUAUAGAUAUUAGUUUUGUUAUUAAUAUGAUCGUGACGCUGGUGGAAGAAAAUCAAUAUGAUUGAAGAACACAUUUUGAAAGUUGGGGAAAAGCAACCAAAAAAA